AUCCCAGGGGCUGCCAGAGGAAGGGUUUACCCUGGCACCCAGCACCCCCAGACCUGCCCCAGCCUCACCCCAGGCUCGGAUCUCUCACCUCUGACUUCCCGCGCUCCGCUGCCCAGCCUGCCGGGGCGAGGACAGCAGGCCAGCCAAUCCCAGAGGCCCCAGGCCACACCCCUGGCUGGUAUGACCCUGAGUGUAUAAAUACACCUGCCGGAAGCCGGCACCCAGAGAAUUCACACCUGCUCCGGACAGUUCUCGGCCUCUGGAAGCGUGCACACAGCCCCCUGAGCCCCGCUUGCCUGGGACAGAGCAGUGGGCACACCUGCCAGACCAGUGCCACCAGGAAGGACAGCGGCUGGCGGCCAGCCGGGAGGAGAGGGGCCAAAGAAGCUCCCGCGGGACAGGAGCGCUCAGAGCCUCACAGCCUGGUGGUGCCCAGCCUCGAGGACCAUGCUCGGGCCUUGCUGACGACCCCCAGCCACCAGCUCAGUCAUGUCAUCGGGCCAGCAAGUGUGGCAUACAGCCGUGCCAGCCCUUGGUUGGACCAGCCCCAUGGCCCCUGUGCCCAGGUCCCCCAGCACCCCUGGCUCAGAGAAGGCGGCCUCCCCGCUGGAGUGCUCCAUCUGCUUCUCGGGCUAUGACAACAUCUUCAAGACGCCCAAGGAGCUCUCCUGCACACACGUCUUCUGCCUGGAGUGCCUGGCACGGCUGGCGGCCGCCCAGCCCACAGGCCGGCCCGGCGGCGAGGCUGUGCCCUGCCCCUUCUGCCGGCAGCCCACGGCUAUGCCGGCGGCCGGGGCCCCCGCGCUGCGCACCAGCCGCCAGCUGCAGGCCAGGAUGGCGGCACACCUGCGGCGGGAGGAGCCCGUGUGGCUGGAGGGCACUAAGCUCUGCUGCCACCCGCCGCCCACCACCCCCGGCCGCCCGGCGCCCGGCUUCGUGUGCGUGGACGUGGGCCUGAGCAAGCCCGCGGAACCUGCUGCGCCCCCGCCCGCCCCGCGCCCUGCCCGUCCCCGGGGCCGGCUGGCCCGCUGCUGGGUGCGCUGCAGGGACUGGAGGCGGGUGGCACUGGUCACUGCCCUGCUGCUGGUGCUCUUCUGUGUGGUGCUCUGGCCCGUACAGUGCGCGCUCAAGACCGGGAACUUGCGCUGCCUCCCCCGGCCGCCUGCCACCGCUGCCACCGCCGCCUUCUCUCCUGGACCCCUGGCCGACAACUAGGCUCGGCCACCCUGGCCCCAGCUCCGGCUGUGGGUCCCCCGCC